GAUAUUUGACAGAAAAUUAACCAAACAAAGCGUGUGCCCGGCAAAACGUAUUUAAACGUUGUUUUUUCCAUUAAAAUAAGUGCAAAACCAAACAAAUUAAGAUGUCUGCUGCUAUGCCAAUCAACCCCAAACCAUUUUUAAAUGGUUUAACGGGGAAAGCCGUGUUGGUGAAGCUGAAAUGGGGCCAUGAAUACAAAGGUUUCCUUGUUUCUGUUGACGGUUAUAUGAAUUUGCAGCUGGCUAAUACUGAAGAGCAUAUAGAUGGAAAUGUAACAGGAAAUCUAGGCGAAGUACUGAUCAGAUGCAACAAUGUUCUGUUUAUUCGCGGGGCAGAAGAGGAAGAUGAAGAAGGUGAAACAAGAGACUAACCUUAGUGGUUUUUUAGGUUGUAAGUUACUUAUAAGUCACUAGGUUUAAUUUAAACUAAGUUUAUUUCAAAAAUAAACCAAACUUCAAUUCAAAGUGGACAUUAUGGCAUAUUAUUAAAGACAUUCAAUAUAAAAAUCGAAAAGUAUCAUUUUUGUCCUUAUCCAAAGCUAAAUUUGCUGACUUUGCAAUGUGGU